AGCGCACCGGUUUACAGGCGACCUCAGAGGCGCUGCUGUGACAGAACAGUUUGCAAUGGACACGUCUGCACCGGAACCGAGGACCACUGAGGUUUGUGAGGUGGAGGAGGCAGAAGAAGCUGUAAGCUUGAGGAGAAGUAGUAAAUCGUCAGUUUCCAUUUAAUUCCUGCCUUUACGCAGGGUGGAGAGGCAGAGCGAUCCGCCGCCUGACAGUAAUCCUCUGCCCGGGAGGAGCAGGGAAAGCCCUUUCAAGGCUGAGGCAGAGUGAGGGAGGGAGAGUUUUAAGUCGGACGGGGAACGAGAGAGUUGUCAUAUUCGGAGCUUUUGCCCUGCCACUCGAGGUUUAACUGAUCUGCUCCAGAGCCCGGGGCGACUCUCAUUCAAGCUUCUGGGAAUUAACUUCGCACCAUGAGCGGACCGACGGACGCAGUUCAGUACCAGUCGAGCCUCUAUGGAGGAAACAGCAGCAGCAGCUCUCCCGUCUCCAGCCGUGGAAAUUCACCCAUCGUGUGUGAGCGCUGUGGGGAGGUUUGUCGUGGGGAGGUGGUGCGUGUGAAGAACACACACUUUCACGUUAGCUGCUUCACUUGCAAAGUGUGCGGCUGUGACUUGGUGCAUGCGGGUUUCUUCCACCACUCUGGUGAGUACAUCUGUACAAAGGACUACCAGCGGCUCUACGGGACCCAGUGUGACAGCUGUAACCAGUACAUCACCGGAGAGGUGGUGUCUGCCCUGGGGAGAACGUACCACCCAGACUGCUUUGUCUGCAGCAUCUGCAAAAGCCCAUUUCCAAUUGGAGACAGAGUGACCUUCUGUGGGAAAAAGUGUGUGUGUCAGCAGUGUUCACUUUCUCUGAACAGCGACAAGCCCGUCAAGGUCCACGGACCAAGCUACUGUGCCGGCUGUGGUGAGGAGAUCAAACAGGGUCAGUCUCUGCUGGCUUUGGAGAGACAGUGGCACGUCAGUUGUUUUAAAUGCCGAACAUGCGGCUGCGCCCUCACUGGAGAGUACAUCAGCAAAGAUGGGAUACCUUACUGUGAGACUGACUACCACAGUCAGUUUGGGAUCAGGUGUGAGAGCUGUAACAGGUACAUAAGUGGCAAAGUACUUGAGGCUGGAGGAAAACAUUACCACCCCAGCUGUGCGAGAUGUGCCCGCUGUCACAUGAUGUUCCUAGAAGGAGAAGAAAUGUACCUGACAGGUUCAGAGGUUUGGCACCCCAUGUGUAAAGAAGCAGCUCGGCUGGAGAGGAAACUGAGGCUGAGACGUACCUCCGAGACAGCAUCCAUUUCUCCUCCAGGCUCCUCUCCUCUCCUUGGCUCUCCUCACCGGCUCAUCUGUGCUAAGGGUGAUGGGGAUGUUUUGGAAUACAAGCAGGUGGCAGCACUUCCCAGGGUUAAAGCCAUAUAUGACAUUCAGCGGCCUGACAUUAUUCCUUAUCAGGCCGACCAUGCACAGACGCACCUCUCAGAUGACACUUUGGAGAGAUGCAACCGUAGGCAGUCAUUGGGCUCCUUAUCACCAUACUCUCAUGAUCUCUUGGAUGGCAUGGAGUUAAGAACAAGACGUUCCUCCAGCUCCCCCUAUACCGACUCACCUGCACACAGUCGUCACGGAGGCUCCCCACUGCAUUAUUAUGUCCCUGCUUCUGAAGAAACUAACAUCUAUAGAAAACCACCCAUCUACAAGAGACAAGAAAUAUCAGCCUCUACAACAGCCAAUAAGAGUAGGACCAAUGACAAUCUCACCAAUUCAAAUCGCCUUUCCACCUCAAACUGUAACAGCAUUUAUCAUCCAAACUCCAACUACUACCCAUAUACCGGCUCUCCAAAAGUCUCCAGGGUGAGGAGGUUUUCAUCUGGAGGAGAGGAGGAUGGACUGAAUCAUAAUAUAAACAGGGGAAUUGGCAGAUUGAUCCUGAAAGAGGAGAUGAAGGCACGAGCAGGUUGUCACGACAAUGACCAGUGGGGUAGCAGACACAGCUCCCGCUGUAGCAGCAAGGAGGCGCUGAGCAAUCUGGGAUACAGCUCCCUUAAUGGCUCUCCCAGGUCCCUCUGCAGCGCUGACAGUGACUCCUACAUUGCCAAAUCAGCCUCGUUGCCAGGCUACGGUAGAAAUGCACUGAACAGGCCUGGGAGUGUUGGUGGAGAUUAUUACCAGUAUGACAGCACUAAUGCAGUUAAUUGGCAGAUAAGAGAAUAUAAGAUCUACCCAUAUGAAUCCCUUGUGGUGUCAGUCAGAGGGCAGCAGCGCCUCCCCAGUGAUGUGGACCGAGCCAGACUAGAGCGUCAUCUCUCCCCAGAGGAGUUUUAUAGAGUCUUCAGCAUGUCCAUGUCUGCCUUUGACCAUCUUGCUCAGUGGAAACAAAAUGAACUGAAGAAACAGGUCAGACUCUUCUGAGAAAAGUCAACAGAUCCUUUCACUGAACCCAGCUUGAGUCCAUGGCUCAGCGGAAGAAGAACUGAACAAAAUAAGAAGGCAGAAGAGAGAUGUUCUUGGCUUGUUGUAGCUGCCAUGUGUUCGGACUUCUUAAGCAAUGUUUGUGAAGUCUGCCAAGUGGGCAAAAUUGAGGAAAAAUCCCCACCAAGAAAGGAAAACUGAGUGGUAGAAAACUAAAAGAGGAGCAGAGAGCUUCACUGGAGUUACAACGGGUUGCUUGUGCCUCUCCUACCAGCAGAUGGCAGUAUGUUUACACAAGCGUUACAGUUUUUGUCUGAACUACUGAUGUGCUUUUUAAGAAACUCCAGGUCUGCCAAAAAACGUGUAUUCUUAUGAAGUAUGUCAGCUGUUCUAGAAUCUAGUUUUAGGGGGUGAGAGUUGCUGCAAAGUCUGAUAAACUGGCAAGACAAGAAAAUGAGCACUGUGUGAUUCUCAGCACUGGGGUUACUGAACAUGGUGUAUAAAUAAUGUGUUUUUAUAAUGUGCACAUCUUGAAAACCAAAGGUUUUCGUCUACAUUUUUCAAACAACGUGUUUGAUUUUUGAUGUCAGUAUUUCUGAAGCCAUAUUACACACUUUUUUUCUACAUGUGCAAGCAGACUGGACAGUCCAUCGACGUUUGCUUUGAAAUGACAUUUGACAUAAAUGAGCUGCGUCAUGGCUCAGAGCUGGGAGGUGGUAGUUUAGAAGUGGGGGUUUAGUACUAUACACUUUAAAAUAAGACGUGUGCGUUUCACUUAUAUAUGGAAAUCCAAGUUUUUUGUUCGUAUUUGCAGUUAUUCUCAAGAAACAAGCCCGAAUUUCAGAUGCUGGACUACAGUUGAAACACUGUUUUUCUGACGUGUCGUGUAUGUGUGAGGGUGUGAGUGUAUGACUGACGAUGGUAAACAGUUAAUCAAGAAAUUUUUUUUAUUAAUAUUUAAAAGCCAUCUGAACAAAGUGAAGAACUCUGAAUAUGAGAAAUGCCAAGAAAGGAAAUAUUGAAGGAAGAAAUAUGAAAAUAUGAAGUAAAGGUUUGUGUUUGUGAUUAACAGGUGCAAUUUGUAGUGACUGAGCUGAAAGUGGUCUAAUUAAAACAAAAGGCACUGGAUAGCUGUUGCAAAGAAUGACUCAAGUUUGUUUUAACUGGCUGUAAAAGGUGAAGUAAUGCCGUUGAACCAAGUGGAGGGUUUUUGUGUUUACAGGCUGCAACAAUUAAUCACAUAUACAACGUUUGCCUUUAUGUUUAUUGGAGUUUUCAUUU